AGGGCAGAGAGAAAUACAACGAUAAUCCAUAAGACACUCCUUUUUCUGCUGACUCUAUGCUUCAACUCAAACAUAACAUAUGGUGGAUAUAUAAUGGGCAAACCAUGGCUACAGCGAUUUGAUAAACAAUUAUACAAUAAAAUCACUGAAUCUGAGCAAAGAUGGAGGCCAUCAAGAAGAAAAUGCAGAUGCUGAAGCUGGACAAGGAGAAUGCCAUAGACCGGGCCGAACAAGCAGAGGUGGACAAGAAAGGAGCAGAGGACAAGUGCAAACAGCUAGAGGAAGAGCUGCUGGGUUUACAGAAGAAGCUGAAGGGAGUGGAGGAUGAGCUGGACAAAUACUCAGAGUCCCUGAAGGAUGCCCAGGAAAAGCUGGAGCAGGCGGAGAAGAAGGCUACAGAUGCCGAGGCUGAGGUGGCUUCAUUAAACAGACGUAUCCAGCUGGUGGAGGAGGAGUUGGACAGAGCGCAAGAGAGGCUGGCUACUGCUCUUCAGAAGCUUGAGGAGGCUGAAAAGGCUGCGGAUGAGAGCGAAAGAGGAAUGAAGGUCAUAGAGAACAGAGCCACCAAAGAUGAGGAGAAAAUGGAGAUCCAAGAGAUGCAGCUUAAAGAGGCCAAACACAUCGCUGAGGAAGCUGAUCGCAAAUAUGAGGAGGUAGCACGCAAACUGGUGAUUCUUGAGGGUGAUCUAGAGCGUUCUGAAGAGCGUGCUGAAGUGGCUGAAGCUAAAUCAGGUGAUCUUGAAGAAGAACUGAAAAAUGUUACCAACAACUUGAAGUCCCUUGAGGCCCAGGCUGAGAAGUACUCACAAAAGGAGGACAAAUAUGAAGAGGAAAUUAGAGUUCUCACUGAAAAACUUAAGGAAGCUGAAACUCGUGCUGAGUUUGCUGAGAGGUCUGUGGCCAAACUGGAGAAGACCAUUGACGAUCUAGAAGAUGAAGUUUAUGCUCAGAAGCUGAAGGGCAAGGCUUUGAGUGAGGAGUUGGACUUGGCUCUUAAUGAUAUGACAAUGGCGUAACUUCCUCUGUUCUCCUCCUGCUGCACCCUGUCCACUGCUGUCCGCUCGUACUCUUGUCUUGUCUCAUUCCACUCUUAGAUUUGAAACUCCCACUCUUCCGUGAACUCUUCUGUUAUCUUUGUCUUACUCAACAAGUGUUUCACCACAGAAGGCUGAGUCAUUGCACAUACAGCCACAUUUUCUGAAAGACACUGCCUAUUGUUAAAUUGCUUAAUGUUUCCUGCUCCAUCUGAAAUAAAUCUUUUAAAUCCUU